AUGGACCCGGCCCCGGAGAUGAAGAGGAAUAGGUUCCCCAGCAUGAACUUUGAAGCAGAGAUUCUGACAGCUCCACACGAUAAUUCAGAGCUGUACGUGAUCCCUUCCAUGAGAAGUCUCACGGCUGAGGAGUAUGUGGAGGCCUUUAAGUCAUUUUUGGAUCAUUCAACAGAGCACCAGUGCAUGGACGAGUUCAACAAGGAAGAAAUGCCCAACAUCAUGGCUGGUCUCGGCAAUGGAAAAUCGACUAUAAAUGUUCUGGGAGUUGGAAGCGGCACAGGUGAGCAGGAUUUGAAAAUGAUCAGGAUACUGCAGUCUGCACACCCGGGGGUCCUUAUUGACAACGAAAUCAUAGAGCCCAACGCACAGCACGUGGCAGCUUACAAAGAGUUGGUGAAUCAAGCUCCAGACCUGCAGAAUGUCUCUUUUAUUUGGCACCAGCUCACUUCCGCAGAGUACGAACAACAGGUUAAAGAGAAAGGUGCACAUAAGAAAUUCGACUUCAUCCAUAUGAUCCAGAUGCUGUACCGUGUGGAGGAUAUUCCCAGUACUAUCAAGUUUUUCCACAGCUGCCUUGACCAUCAUGGGAAACUCCUGAUCAUAAUUUUAUCAGACAGUAGCGGAUGGGCCAGCUUAUGGAAGAAGUACAGACACUGCUUGCCUUCCACUGACAGCGGCCACUACAUCACCUCCAACGGCAUCACGGAUAUUUUAAAGAGACUGGGUGUUGAAUAUUGCGUUUAUGAAUUCCCGUCGGGCUGGGAUAUCACCGAGUGCUUUAUCGAGGGGGACCCGGAUGGAAGCCGCAUGAUGGAUUUCCUGACGGGGACAAAAAACUUCCUGGGCACGGCCCCCCCGGGUCUGCGGCGGCGGCUGCAGGAGGCUCUCUGCCAGCCCGAGUGCAGCAGCAAAAAGGACGGGAGGAUCAUCUUCAGCAACAACUUGAGCAUGAUUGUGGUUGACUCCUAG